AGAGGAGGAGACUGCUCUAAGUCCGUAGCGAUCCUUUCCUUGACGAAUCAUACAUUUUUUUCUGUGUGUGUUGGAUUUGUUUUCCCUUCACUGCCAACAUGUGUAAGGGUCUCGCAGCCCUACCUGCAACCUGCUUAAAAAGCGCAAAAGACAUAAAGCAUAAGAUUGGGUUCCUGCUACAGAAGGCUGAGCCGGUUCAAGAGCAAAAGGCUGUCAAGGAGAAGGAAAAGCCUGCUGUGGAGAAAAGCUCUACACCUAUUGACACUGAGAAAUGGAAAGCGUCAUUUACCAACCUGAUUAAUAAUGAUGUUGGCCGGACUGCCUUCACCGCCUUUCUUAAGUCUGAGUUCAGCCAGGAGAACAUCGAGUUCUGGGUUGCGUGCGAGGACUUCAAGAGAGCGCCUCCGCCACAGAUGCAAGCCAAAGCCAAGCAGAUUUUUAAACAGUACAUCGAUGUCGAUUCCCCGAAUGAGGUUAACUUGGACUCUGCAACAAGAGAAGAAACCCGAAGGAACUUGGAAAAGUGUGAUGUGACCUGUUUUGACGAGGCCCAGAGUAAGAUUUUCACCCUGAUGGAAAAGGACUCUUACAGACGCUUUCUGAAGUCUAAACUCUUCCUUGACCUCUCUCUGCCGUCCCAUGACAAUAAACACUGCGGUCUGGAGAGGAAAGGGACUUUCACUGAGUUUAGCCAGUGUCUCCUGUCUCAUUGUGCUUAAAUCUAUGAUAGAGAUCAUUCUUAUGCUUAGAUUACUGUGAUGAGGUCACGCCUAUGAGAAGAGCAAGUGAGUUAGAGGUAAAGGGUUAAGUCACUGAUGUAAAUGCAAAUUGGUCAAACACCAGAAACAGCAAGUAAGGAGGAUGUUUUCAGUUUUUUUUUUUUUUAGGUGUACGUGGCUUUAAUGUGUUUAUAAUAAUUUGAGAAAAUUAUUCGGAAACCUCCAGUGUAGCAUUUUUGUCUAUUAAUGCAUUUUGUACGCAAAACAAAAGAAAUAAAAAUGAAUAAAUACAAAAAAAAAUCAAAGAAGCCACUUUUGAAACCCUUUCAGAUGUUUUUUGUGGGAAGAAAGUUUACAGUGACAUAAGUGAAAACCUGUUACAGAAGAUAAAGAAAGCCAUGGGCUGCAGUACUAUUUAAUCUGUCUCUAUAUGUUCUAUGUACCUUUUGCCACCAGAUUAAAAUCAUAACAAUAAUAAUCAUCUUAGUAAUAAACCAACAAAACUCUGGAAUAUUAACUACAAAACAAAUGUGACAAGUUUCAUUUACGAAAAAAAGUGACUCUGUCCAUUUGUUGUACAGUGCUGUGAAUCGAAUACGUCUGUCCUCUUGUAAUGUCACUUUAAGUCUUAUUAGAAUAAAUGGAUUCAAGCUGUUUACAUAUUUUGUUUACUCGCAUGUAUGACAUAUUUAUUGUGAUAUUUAUGAAUAAAAAUGUCCAAACACAACACAGUUUUUGAGACUACAUCAUGCAGACAAUCCGACGGAUGAGAGCGUGUCCAUUGGGAUGCAUGUCAAAACCAAAUAAUAAAUGUAUUCUAUAUCA